ACAGAAUCGCACGCAUGCGCACUUGUGUGUUUUCAACGGGUGGCUUGUAUUUGCGUCUCAAGAUUUUAAAAUACUGUUUAACGUUACUGAAAUCAAUUUAGAUAGUAGUUUUUUCUUAUCCUUAAAUAAUAGUCAUUCCAAUGGAUUUGGAAACCGGGACAUACGAGCCAGGCUUUGUUGGGAUCCGGUUUUGUCAGGAGUGUAACAAUAUGUUGUAUCCGAAAGAAGAUAAGGAGAAUCGUAUCUUACUUUACGCGUGCAGAAAUUGUGACUACCAGCAAGAGGCGGACAACAGCUGCAUAUAUGUCAACAAGAUCACCCAUGAGGUUGAUGAACUGACCCAAAUCAUUGCUGAUGUAUCUCAAGAUCCAACGUUACCACGAACAGAAGACCAUCCCUGCCCUAAGUGCGGUCACAAGGAGGCAGUGUUCUUCCAGUCUCACAGCAUGAAAGCCGAGGACGCAAUGAGACUUUACUACGUCUGCACAGCUCCUCACUGUGGACAUCGAUGGACAGAAUAAUGUGCAUGGCAACUUUGUCAGACAUCCUUUGAAUAUAGUUGUUUUAUCUGUUCUUUAUUAGGAGUCGUCAUUUUCAGACAGUUUUGUUAUCAAUACAAUGCAUUGUUUCAAUGA